AGUACUUUAGUUAGUUGAAGUGUGUUUGAUUAUUCAACAAAAAGUCCACUCACAAAGUCCAAAACUCAAAAAGCCCAAACAAAACCAAACCUUAAAAUCAAACAAACUCAAAAACAAACCAGUUGUUCUUGUCUUGUCUUAUCUUGUCGCCGGAAAAAACAUGUUCAGAGACGUGUCAAGUUGCAACACCUAUGAUUACGGUGAUGCUCAUUACUGGGACGCUCGUUACAUUCAAGAGGGUGGUUCUUUUGAUUGGUAUCAGCGUUACUCUAAUCUUAAACCUUUUCUUCGUCACUGUUUCUCUCUUUCUUCAACAAUUCUUAUGGUUGGUUGUGGCAAUGCUGUUAUAUCGGAGGAUAUGGUCAAAGAUGGUUAUGAGGAAAUCGUGAAUAUUGAUAUUUCAUCAGUUGCCAUUGACAUGAUGAGAAAAAAACAUGAGCGCCUCCCUCAGCUAAAAUACUUGCAGAUGGAUGUUAGGGAUAUGAGCUUCUUUCCAGAUGAAUCUUUUGAUGGUGUAAUUGAUAAAGGAACUCUUGAUUCAUUAAUGUGUGGUACUGAUGCUCCAAUUAGUGCUUCUCAGAUGCUUGCAGAAGUGUGUAGACUUCUAAAACCUGGAGGGACUUAUAUGUUGAUUACAUACGGUGAUCCAACAGUACGGAUGCCUCACCUAAGCAAACCUGUAUACAAUUGGAAAAUUACAUUGUAUAAUAUCCCAAGACCGGGAUUUCAUAAGCCAGAAUGUAGUACUUCAUCGAAGAAAUCAUUGUUGGAACCUAUUCCUCUUACUGACAAGGGCUUACUCCCAGCAGACUGGGUUAUGGAAGAUCCAGAUUCUCACUUUAUAUAUGUUUGUAGAAAGGUAAAUGACACAAACGGAGACGAUAUACCUCCAUACCGAUUAAACAUUGAUGUCUCAUAGAGCUUACUCACAUCGAAGCACCGAUGAAGGUGGUGUUUAUUCUCUUCACAAACAUUGAUAUGCAUGAGUUAUUUGCUCUUGUCAAUUAGAUGUUUGUAAUAGAUUUUAUCUUAUUUUCAUAUCACAAUCUAGAGCAGUGAAAUUAGGUUUUGUAGAGAUGAUGAUAUCAUUUAAUAUUUUUUUUAAGAUGUCACACAAAUUGACUGAUUAACACUCAUUUGUAUGAUUAUGCCUUUGCAUAUGUCUUGGUGAAUUGUGGUUGUUGCAUGUACACGA